CUCUCUGAAUUUGAAAAGGCGGCCCUGGAGAGGCGUGGGCGCCCCCCUCCCCAACCCCCAGACGACUUCCACCUCGGACCCUGACUUCACGCCAUCACCGGCUGGCUCCCUGCUCUCCAGCCUGGGGCAACAGGGUCAGUCCAGCGGUCUGGGGCACUCUUGAUCGGCUCCCGGCUCCCGGGACCCUAGGUCCCCGCGGGAGAGCCGUGCAAAAUGAAGCUGGUUUUGCUGUUACCAUGGGCGUGUUGCUGCUUGUGCGGGUCGGCGCUGGCCACCGGCUUCCUCUACCCGUUCCAGGCAGCAGCCUUGCAGCAGCACGGCUACCCGGAGCAAGGCGCCGGCUCCCCCGGCAACGGCUACUCGAGUCGCCGGCACUGGUGCCAUCACACGGUGACAAGGACAGUGUCCUGCCAGGUGCAGAAUGGCUCCGAGACGGUGGUCCAGCGAGUCUACCAGAGCUGCCGGUGGCCUGGGCCUUGUGCCAACCUCGUGAGUUACAGGACUCUCAUUAGACCGACCUACCGGGUUUCCUACCGCACGGUGACUGCACUGGAGUGGCGGUGUUGCCCUGGCUUUACCGGAAGCAACUGCGAGGAAGAAUGUAUGAACUGUACCCGGCUUAGCGACAUGAGUGAGCGGCUGACCACGCUGGAGGCCAAGGUCCUCCUGCUGGAAGCAGCUGAGCAGCCUUCAGGUCCAGACAAUGAUCUGCCACCCCUGCAGAGCACCCCACCAACCUGGAACGAGGACUUCCUGCCGGACGCCAUUCCCAUCGCACAUCCAGGGUCCCGGAGGAGAAGACCCACAGGUCCAGCUGGACCUCCAGGACAGAUGGGACCACCUGGGCCUGCAGGACCUCCAGGUUCCAAAGGUGAACAGGGCCAGACAGGCGAGAAGGGCCCAGUGGGACCUCCAGGUCUCUUGGGGCCACCGGGGCCACGCGGGCUUCCUGGAGAGAUGGGGCGCCCUGGUCCACCAGGCCCUCCUGGCCCAGCGGGAAGUCCUGGCCUCUUGCCAAACAGUCCCCAAGGCGUCCUGUAUUCCCUGCAGACACCAACAGACAAAGAGAAUGGAGACUCCCAGCUGAACCCCGCUGUUGUAGACACAGUGCUGACUGGCAUCCCAGGUCCCCGGGGUCCCCCAGGGCCCCCUGGUCCCCCAGGACCACACGGUCCCCCGGGACCCCCAGGAGCACCUGGAUCCCAGGGCCUGGUGGAUGAGCAGGUUGUGUCAAGGCCAUCUGGUGAGCCCAGUGUGAAGGGAGAAGAGGACAAAGCCAACGCGGCAGAGGGAGAAGGCGUGCAGCAGCUUCGAGAGGCCCUGAAGAUCCUGGCGGAAAGGGUUCUUAUCCUGGAGCACAUGAUUGGGGUGCAUGAUCCCCUGGCCUCCCCUGAGGGCGGCUCUGGGCAGGAUGCAGCCCUGAGAGCCAACCUCAAGAUGAAGCGAGGAGGUCCUCGACCCGACGGCAUCCUGGCUGCCCUGCUGGGCCCUGACCCUGCACAAAAGAGCGCAGACCAGGCUGGCGACAGGAAGUAAGAGUCCCUCUCCCCGGUGCGAGCCCAGCCCUACAGCUGAACAGCGGCUUCAUCCUGAAGACUCCCCACGUGGGACUGGGCAUCAGGCAGGGACCAUUGUGGAGGACACUGGGAGCCUGGGGUCCCUGGGGAGAGAUGGUGCUUCCAAGGGCAGGGCCCACCACCCUGACAGAGCUCUUCUUUUGCCCCUGCCCCCUACUUCCCACUCCCGCUGGAGACGGGGUCUGGGUGAGCUGGGUGGGCUGGGUGGAGUUAGGAGAAUAACCACAAUUCUCAGUGGCUGAGCCCCUGCUCUGUCAGGGUCAGGGCCAGCUCAGGCGCUUUCCCUAUAUCGUCUCAUUAUUAAUCCUUAAAAGGUAGGUCUGUGCUCCCCACUCAGCCCGGGGACCGAUGUACAGACGGCACACAUGACCCAGCUUCUGUGUGGGGGUGUGUGGGGGUAGAUUUUAACCCAGACCUCAUGUUGCUAAAGCCAUGACCCUGAGGAGUGUGGUCCAGAGGAUUCCUGAGGCAGCUGGGCUGCCGGGAGGCAGGGCCACCUGGAAAGACAUCAGGGCACUACAGAAUUUGGGGCCUGCCGCUCUUCCUCUGGUCACUUCCUUAGGGCUGCAGGUAGGGGUCAGCUUCCAAGAGGGGAGUUUGAGGGAGGGUCUCUGAGGAUGAGAAGGGCAAAGAGCUUUGAAUCAGUUUGGCGACGCCCCCUAAUGUCUCCCAGUCUUGCUGAGCCGACUGGUCCUUACCCGCCCUCGCCCAUGGAGAAGGAAGGACCAUCCAAUGAGACCAUCCAUCCAGGGUGGGACCUAGAGCUUCCAUCAUGGCCACUCUUUCAUGAAUAUCUAUAUCCUAUUUUGAUGGACAGCACAAAUCCAUGACCCCUUAACAGUCAGACUGCCUGUAUCCUACCUAGGCUUGCUAGGGGCCGUGGCCACACACCUUGAGGCUGGGGUCCGGGCAGGUUCCACAGAAGAACUGCCCCACAGCCCUGAAGGCCUCUCUGGCUGGUGCUUGGUCUCUUAUGACCCCCCCCCUACUCUGGUGCUCCUCUAACUGGGCCAUGGCCCCGACACUCAGAGGACAGAAAUCACCCCCCUCGGGUAUGUCUCCCUGCCCGGCAGGAGUGACCAUCCCUAAAGUUCUUGGUGCUUAUGCAAGGCUGUGACCUGACCCCACUGGGCCCUGUAGGCUUUCCCUGAGCUUUUCUCUGUCUCCACCAGGAGGUGAUCAGAGGUGACCUGUGAUGUUAUUUCAAAUAAAGGUGCUCUCUCCACUGUG